UUGUGUAUCUACAACUACAUAAUUAAUAGAGAUGUAUGAAGCUGGUGAGGCGCUUUACAACGCGAGGCACCGUGAAUACAAAAACAGAUUAUGGAGAUUGGAGACUUAACCUCUCUCUGCCCUGUAGCAAGGAAUUGGAGUGUUAGUGAGUCUGCCUUCUGCAGAUAUAGCAGUUCUUAAAAGCGAUCGUAAUGGCUACAACCGACACUAAGGAUGGCAGUUUCGCGAGCGAUAUGGGUGCUCUGUUAGAAUCCGGCGAGGGUGCGGACGUGACCCUGGUGGUCGGCACCUCGCAGCUGCCGGCCCACAGUUUCGUGUUAGCGGCGAGGAGCCCCGUCUUUGCUGCCACGUUCCGGAACGACACGAAAGAAGCCCGCAGUCGUCGAAUCGAGAUAACUGACGUGCGGGAAGCUGUGCUGAGGCAGCUGCUGCGUUUCGUGUACACCGACGAAGCUCCGCAGCUAGCGAGCAUGGCAGCCGAGCUGUUGGCCGCCUCUGACAAGUACGACCUGCCGUUGCUCAAAAAGAGGUGCGAGCAGCAGCUGGCGCAGGGCCUGAGUGUGGACAACGCUGCCGCCACUGCAGUCCUAGCUGUGCUGCACUCCUGUUCGCGGCUCGAGAGUGCAGCUGUGAACUUCAUAGCGAGCCAUCCCGAGGUGAUGAUCUCUGCCGGUUGGAUAAAUGUGCUGAGGAGCAAUGCAGAGGCCGCAGUACAAAUCUGCACUCUGGCGGCGGCGGCGGCGGUAGCACCAAACAUCAGGACUUCACCUGUGAACCAGACACAGUCCAUGGCAGCAAGGCUGACAGAGGCAGCUAAAUGUGGCAGAGUGGAUGAGCUGCAGAACCUGCUGGCCGAAGGUGCAACAGUUGAUGCGAGAGAUACCAGUGGGUUUACAGCCCUGCACCUGGCAGUGAUGAACGCUGGUAAAAAUAACUUGUUUGGGUUGAACACAGCCUCAGAUGUGGGACUGCGCACUGUCAAGUGUCUGCUGAAUGCGGGGGCAAAUGUCAAUGCGGAAGACUCGAACAAGCAGACACCUCUGCACAUGGCUGCUUAUCGAGGUGAUUUGAAGAUCCUGUGGGUGCUGCUAACAUCGCCAGUGCAGUUAAAUGCCCGCGAUCGUUGGGGGAAAACGCCACUCCACUGGGCUGCCACCAUCACAAAGAAAGAAGCGACGAGGAUGCUGCUGCUUGCUGGAGCAGAGAAGAAGGCGAUCGAUAGCGAAGGUUUUACCCCGGAAGAUAUGGCGAGUUCGUCCACUAAAAAAUUAUUCAGUGUGUAUUGAAUGUUGUGUAAAUAAGCUUUCUGCUUUUGUACCUCUUAAAUUUUGUGAAAAUGAGUAAUUUAAGUAUACUUUUCCAGUUGUAUCAAAGAAAACUUUGUAAUAAAAUAUUUUGCAGGAUUUCUACUCCAUUGACUGCCUUCCGGAGGGUAGCUGCUAUUAAUGUAGUGAUGAAAUUACAAUGAAAUGAAUACCCCUAGCUGCAUACAGGCGUCACUACAUGUCGACGGGGACAGUUGAAAAU